AAUUGCGUCACGUCAGGGAUUUGUUUUCGGUGGAAGAGGAAGUGCAGAACAAGUGAAGCGUAUCUUUAGUUGAAAUGAAAACGAAAGCUGAUGUAAUCUAAAUGUAACAUUUGACAGAUUAUAACGUUACUCUGUAGCGCAACCCGUAUUAUCAUCUCCGUCGAGAACUCCUGCUACAUUAACUGUGUAGCUAUGAAGUAUUUCUUUACGGUUGCUUUACUGUGUCUUCUUAUUCUUCAAGCACAAAGUUGGAAUGAUGGAGGGAGUGUGCUGCUUCGAGAGGUGCAGGUGCUCACUCUGUACAAAGGCCAAUACACGACUUCACGACGCACAAGCCCUGUUCUACAGCUCCAGUGUGUUGGUGGGUCGGCUGGUUGCAGUUCAUUUGUCCCUGAUGUAGUUCAGUGUCAGAACAAGGGCUGGGAUGGUGUUGAUGUUCAGUGGGAAUGUAAAACCGACAUGGACAACGCGUACAGGUUCGGAAGAAUCGAGGUGAGCUGCGAGGGCUUCAACCACCCGGAUGACCCCUACAUCCUAAAGGGCUCGUGUGGGCUGGAGUACGCCCUGGAGCUGACCGAAGAGGGCCGACAGAGGAGAAGGGGCGGGGGUGGAGGCGGGGGCGGGUUUGGAGACUUCGCCGGGUUCGCCUCCAGCUUCUUCCAGGGCUCAUCAGACUCCCGGAGGAGCCACCAGGGCGAGAAGACGUACCACCAGAGCUCCACCGGGGGGGACGGGGGCGGAGACGCCAGCGGCCUGAUCGUGGUGGCCCUCUUCCUGCUCCUGGCUUACGGCGUGUAUAAGAUGUUCCUGUGUGGCCCUGUCGCAAGGCAUCAGCGCUUUGGCGACGGCGGCCCUCAGGGGCCCAACACCCAAGGCUUCCCCCACAACGCGGGGCCCCCACCUCCAGGCUUCAAACCCGAUUACACAGAUCACUCUUCUGGCUAUGGAGGCAGUGCGGGCUAUCCAGGAGGCAGUGCAGGCUAUCCGGGGGCCAGCAGUGGCAAUCCAGGGGCCAGCAGUGGCUAUCCGGGGGCCAGCAGUGGCUAUCCGGGGGCCAGCAGUGGCUACGGUUUUAGAAACGACUUCAUGGGAUCACAGUCUACACAAAACCACUCCAGCACAGGAAAUGGAUUCUGGACCGGAAUGGGCUCUGGCGGCAUUCUGGGAUAUCUGUUUGGGAGUCAGAGGCGGCAGUCAGGAAAUUCCUACAGGCCCACAGGUAAUUCUGGGUAUUCGUGGAAUUCUGGUACACCCAAGACACCACCGGCAAGCACUGGGACACGCACAGCCUCAGGUUUUGGUGGGACUAAGAGAAGAUAAGGUGGGUAUUGCUGAAGUGGAGCGUUUGGGAUGAACUUUGGCAUAUCCUCUUCAGACCCUUGAAGGAAGACAUUAUUUUCUGUAGUCACAUCUGGUUUCAAAGCAUCAUGAAGCGAUUAUGAAAAAUGAGUUUGACUAAAUGAAGUGUGUUAUCAAGGCUGGGUUUACGCGUGAAUAUCACUGUUUUACCUGCCUGCUACCCGCUGCUGCAGGGGAAGAGCUUAAUAGUGUGUCUGGGGGUGGGGUGUGGUAUGGUAUGUGUGCUUAGACCACUGUGUACUUGCUCUCCUUAGUCUAUUUGUAACUCCUAUAGCUUAAUUGCCCUGCUGUUAAACUUUCAGACUUUCUGUAAAGAAUUAGAGUACAGUAAAGAGGACUUUGCCUUCAUUGUGUGAAUAGAUUGGGCAUUGUAUUGCUAAUGUAUGCAAUACUCUGAUUUUGUGAAUUGAUUUGAGUUUGGUUUACUAUCCUGCUUUUUCUACUGUUUGUUGCUCUGGAUAAGAGUGCCUGAUUGAAAUGCAAUGUAAUUUAUGCUUUAUAUUACAGAAUGCAAAUGUGACUGAAUAAGCUGAUUUAAUUUGGUAUAAAUUAGGUAUUUAGAUUUUGGUGUACAUAUGGGCAAUGUUAUUUGCUUAUUCUCUUGAGGCGAAAUGGCAUUUAUGAAUGCACAAUUUGGAAAUUCUGGAUAUAUUGGCUGCUUCCAAUACUACCAUGUUUUGCAUUAUAACAUAAGUUGAUGAGCACAUUUUAUUUUUUACAUUACAUUUACAUUUUAUGGGACUUCAAGGCAGACUAUGCAGAAUUUUAGGCCUUGAUGCGGCCCUUUGUUUACAUACAAAAUACUAUCUAUGCCCCCAUUCUCAACUGCCCUCUGACCCCCCCAAGAUGAUUCUGGUCGUUGCAGCCUACAGUGUGAUGGCAAUGGGCAAAGAAUACCGCGUUCUUAUAUGACAUAUGCUUUUGUAGUAGCUUUCCAUACAAGCCAUACUAGCCACUACUAAUGCCAGUCUGCCUCUAGCCUGCCUGGAAGGAGGCACAAUUCUGUAACAUGCAUCCUCACAAACACAUCGAUUCAUUGUCGCUUUUAUUUUUUAUCAGACCUAUCAAGUCUCCUGAAAGUCCGGGAUGCUAGGCAUAAGUUCCCGGCAGUAGCACUAUGCAGUGUGACCCAGCUAUAAUGGCCUGCCAGCUGAUACAAAACUGAAUUUAGUUACCGAAUGCUAGCCAGCUACUUAAUAGGCUAAUCUCUUGCAAACCGAGCUCACCACUCGCCCAUCCAUGCACGUCUCCUCUUGUCCUCCUUUUAUUGGAUCAGUUUAUUGGGCACAUUCUUUUCAGGUAAAGUACACAAAUAAAAAAGGCCCACGCCUGAAUCGGCCUGAGGAUUUUUAGAAAAGAAAAUAGACAGUGUUGUCAAUGUAUGACAUUUUUGUUUUAAAAAUAUUUUCAUGGUGAAAAUCCUGCAUAGUAUGCCUUUAACUUUUUGUUAUUUUUGGCAAAAUGCGGUUUAGCAGCAGUUUCUUUGGAAGGGGAGGAAAAAAAACUGAAAGAGAAUUUUUUCCCCAAAAGGUAUGCAUUCUCUAAAUCAGUGGUUCUCAAACUCGAUCCUGGAGGAACCCUGUGUAUGCUGGCUUUUGUUACAGCCAAUUUCUUGCUCAAUUUAGGCUGUUGAAUACAGGUGUUUAAGUUCUUUCUUAUUUCUUUCUUUUCUAAUUAACACAAUGCAGGUUUGGCUCGUUAUCAUUGGAUUCAUCUUUGAAUUCUUCGUUGUCUACCAAGUUGUUAGUUUUCUUGGCCAGGUACCAAUUAGAAGCCUAUUGAUUCAGCUCAGUCUUUCAUUUGAUCAGUUUUUUAUGCAGCUGUUUGCAAAAUAACACAAUAAGCACAAUGUAAAUAUGGGUCAUUUAUUCUUCAUGGCUUGAUGGCAUGCAUAGCCAAUUUUAAUAUGUGGCAAAAGACAGUUAAUAAUCCCUUGAAGCAUUAAAAACAUGGGAUUAAGAAAAAAUCUGUUUCAAAUCCUAGGAUUGAAUCUGUUGUUGGAACAGAAACCUGCAUACACAGGGUUCCCCCAGGACCGAGUUUGAGAACCACAGCUCGAAAUCUAUUUUUAUGCUGUUGCACAUGAAUAUUUUCCCAUUUUUUGAUAGCCACUCUGUGCAUUUACAUAAAUGAAGGGCCUCAUUUUAAGUCUCUUUCAAUUGGUGUGUAUGUGAGUGUGUGUUCUAAAUUCAUACGCAGCUUGUGGUUUGCUGCAAUGUGAGACCCUAGGCCAGAGGAGCCCCUUACUCAAUAAAUGCAGUGAGAUACGA